AUGGCUGCCACGGCUACCGGACCCCUCAGGCUGGCCAGCAGGGCCUUGAUCGCCCGCCGCCCAUGCCCUCCCGCCCUCGCCCUCGCCACCGCCGCCCAGCGCCGGACCUUCCUCGACUCCGUCUUCCAGCCGAGCAAGCCCCUGACCAUCAACGUCUCCCGCACCCUGCCCUACCCGCGCGAGAAGCUGUACGACAUGAUCGCCGACGUGGACGCGUACUCGAGCUUCCUGCCCUACUGCCAGCACAGCCGCGUGACGAGGUGGUCCGAGGCCGACGGCGGCGGCCGCGCCUGGCCGGCCGAGGGCGACCUCACCGUGGGCUUCGGCCCCAUCACCCAGUCGUACACGAGCAGGAUCGUCUGCGUGCCGGGGCGCAGCAUCGAGGCCCUGAGCGGGCGGCACGAGGGCAUCCCCGGCCCCGCGGGGAGCCCCUUCGAGAGCCUCGUCACCAAGUGGACGGUCCGGGACGCCAUCGUCAAGCGCAUCGGCACCUGGUCCACCGUCGACCUCGACCUCACCAUGCGCCUCGCCGACCCGCUCGUGCGGAUGAUGCUGUCCAAGGUCGUCGACGAGACCGCCACCAAGAUGGUCGACGCCUUUGAGCAGAGGGCCAGGGACUUGUUUGGGGACGCGGAGGGCUGA